AUGAAUAGUUUAAGUAUUGGCGAUCUUGUUCAAAACUCAUUACAAUGUGCCAUUGUCCGUUGGCUUGGUUCUAUCGAGGAAAUACCGAUCAUUGGUUUGCAAUUGAUUAAUUCGACAUUACCUGGAUAUACUGAUGGUACUUGUUCAUUAGAUAAUCAACGCUAUUUUAUUUGUUCAAAUGGACAUGGUUAUUAUGUUUUGGAAAGUAGUUUUCAUGAUUCGUACAAGAUAAUUAAAAAAACAACAGAGAUUAACAAUGCAACUACUUCUGAUAAUGAAUUCAAUUCACCAGAGCAAUCUUUGUCAACAUCUCCAACAGACUCACCUAUAUAUCAGCAUCCAAUACGAUCAUAUUCUUCACCAAGUGUAUCUCAAAUUCAACAUAAUUUAGAUAAGAAUUCAGUGAUAUCACCAUCACGUGGUGUUCUUAGUCGAUUGGCAUUCGAACGAGAACAACGAAACAUUCAAAUAAAUUCAACUUCACGUGAUGAAAAAAGUACAUUGGCGCAUGCAUCAUCAGCAGCACAGUCAGAUCCUACAUUAUCACGAAUAUAUUGUCCAGAGAAUUACAAAUCAGCACCCUGUGAUCGAAAUAAAGAAUUAGAAGUUGAAAAUUUCAUUUUGAAUGAAGGUGAUGAUGAAAAUAAUACUGCUUGUUCUAUAUUUGAAAUAACCAAUAAUAAUAAUCUACCAUUGCCAGAUGCAAGUUUACCUUUAUUUGGUCAAGAAUAUUUUCUUAAUAAUUGGACACUUCUUCGCGUAAAAUCUUUUGUACAAGAUCAAAUUCCUAUAUUCAAUCAAUUGUGUUUAAACGUAUUUAAUGAUAAAUGUAUUUUACAAAAUUUAACAGACGAACAAAUUGAUGGAUGUUGUCCUCGUAUACCGAAUCCAGCACCAAAUGAUAUUUCUAUCGAACUUAUUAAACUAUUUGAUAAUGUAAAAAUAAUAUAUCCAUCACGUGCUAUUCGUUUAUAUAACAAUGAUUAUUUAUUAUUAGCCAUAUUAUGUUCAAAUAAUCAAUGUGCUUAUGUACGAACAUCAACCGGUUGGGCUUAUACUGACGAUGAUAGUGAACAUGGAUAUCCUAUUGUUGUUGAUGAAAUUUCAGAAAUGAUCGAUGGUUCAACUGGUGAUAUCAAUACGAAUUCCGAACAAUGUCUACAUAUACUUAAGAAUGCUUCCUUUUUGUAUUAUAAACUUGUUCAAUAG